AUGGCUCCAUCUGUAAAGGAAGGGGAGAAUCUACGGAGACUCCGCGAUUGCCCCGUCUGUAUUGUCUGCGGGAGACCAGGAGAAGCGGAAGCAAUCGCUAGUGCGUUGGAAAUUCUUGGGCAGAAACUCCAAGGCCAUGAAGUUGCCGAAGUUGACAACGCUCACACGUUUUACUACGGCGACUUUGACCUUGCCUCUGGAGAAAAACUAGGCUAUGUCGUGACAAGCAGCACACGUCAGGGCAUCCAGUCCUUCACAGUUCACACUGCGCUCCUAUUCCAUAUACUACGGCCCAGAUUUGUCAUCCACGCAGGAGUCUGUGCAGGCUACAAGGACCCAUCUCAAAGAAUUCAGCUAGGCCACGUCAUUCUGGGCGAGAACGCUGUGAAUCUGGAAGAGGGCAAGUUCAGAAAAUUCGGCGAUGGCGACAUUGAUUUCGUCCCUGACUACAACAUCGUCAGCGUCAGGGCAGGCGACAUGCAAGCCUUUGCCGACGACGGAGCACGGGCAGGCUACCAUUAUGGCGACUUCAUAAGCGGCUCCGCCGUCCGUGGGGAUGCACCCACGAUAUUUGAAAAGAUUCGCCACCAGGUCAAGCGGAACGCCAUAGCCCUUGACAUGGAGGCAAGCGCUUUCCUUGAGCUUUGCCAAUACUUCUUCAAAGAGAGCGCUUGCCUUGGUGUCGUAAAAGGAGUUUCCGACUUUGGUGAUGAGUUCAAAGGCGACGACCCAAACGCGAAACAGGACGCCCUUCAGAACACGGCGAUAGCAUUACGAGAAUGGACUACCACAAGGAUCUCAAGCAUCUACUGGGACAUCGACUACAGCAAAGAACCAGCCGCCGAAAUAGUUCCGGGAUACUACGAUAAUUUCGUAAGGCGCGUCCUGGACAACAUCACUCAAGGCCUCCCUCCUAGUCACCAACCACGGCAAAGGCGGUCGCCCAGAGUCGACUUCAACGGGAAUACGAUUGUUGGACUCAAGAUCAUACUACCCAAAGACAACCAGCCUCGCCAGUAUAGCACCCCUGGCCCCAUCUCCGCGCUGUGCAAAAAAUAUGAUAUCAUCGAAGUCGAAGUCGGUGGUGAUCACGGAAAGAGAGGCCUUUACUACAAGAGGGGUUUUCUCAUUGACUUCCCAAGGACCGUGAACAGAUACGCGGACACUUACGAUGCUAAUUACCAAGUAAAAGUAUUUGGCGAACUUUUGAAGAAGAAAGAAUACUUUGACAUUGCCUCGGAGAGCAUCAAGGCAACAGUUUGCUCAUGGGAUGAAUUUGUCUUGUGGCUUGAGCAACCGCAGCCAGAACGCUACGCGAAUGGAGAGACUCCAGCCCAACUCGAUGUCGGACCUGCCAAUGGAUUGACUGCAGGGGCAAUCCCCAAAAUGAGAUCGCUAUCAAGGCUUCGUUCAAUGUUUCUGCGCAACAAAGUCCAAAUGUUGCAGCUACAGGACGAUAGUAUGGGAUGGUACGAGCAUCACCAGGCGUUCGCCUUUCUAAUCCACCUGAUUGGCGAUAUCCAUCAUCCUCUUCACGUCGAAGGUAUGGCUCGAGGGGGGAAUAAUAUCCAAGUCCAAUUCGAUGGCCACGUCCAAUCUUUGCAUUUCGUCUGGGACGUCUGUAUCCCCCAGAAAAUCACUCAGAGCAACGAGACAAACGAGAGGGCGGCGGCCGAGACAUGGGCGGCGAAGCUAUACCAGCAUUUGUUGUCGCCUGAGGCCCAGGAGAGCCCGAGCGCCCCUGGGACUUGGAGAAAAGCCACGCAGCUUGACGCGCCGCAAGAUGCGCUGUUGGCUCCCAACUUCUCUCCUGAUGUGCUUGGCUGGGCACAGGAAGCCAACCAAUAUAUGUGCAAGUAUGUGCUGGCCGACGACAUCGAUUCACUUCGGGGCAAAGAAUUGGGCGGACUAUACUACCAGGGCGCUGUCCCAAUCGUGGAAGGCCUUAUUGUGAAUGCUGCCAGGAGACUUGUUUUCUGCAUCAACAUGCUAGCCGCUCACAGCAGGAGUUGGAAUGUAGAAGGUGGCGUGGCCCGGUGA